CAAACAAAAAUUACAUUGAUGAGUUUCUUCGGCUCGCGUUGCUGGCGUUGCGUUGACGAUUUCUCAUACGCAGCAAGAGGAUAGCAGAAGAGUGUUUUGAUUUCUCGCUCCAAGCUGUGUUAUUAUUUCCUAGACGAUAGUUUUCUGCCCUUUUGUUACAAAACGUACCGGAUAAAGGGUUCGGAAUACUUGUCGAUUAUUGUCCAUGGUUUCGUUAGUUUCGGUACGUUACAACAACCACCUGUCGAGCUCUAAGGAGAGACGCUUUGGCUUGGCUUCCAGCUGCCAUCCACUCUUGGAUUCUUCAAUUAUCAUCUGUUCUACGAAAAUGUCAAAUCAUCAAGAUACUGAACUGCAGUGUGACAUAUGCUUUUCCCAGUAUGAUCUGAAGAGCCAUCGUCCUAAGGUCUUGUUCUGUGGGCACACUUUAUGCAAGGAGUGUGUGCAGAAACCUGCCCUGGGGAGGAAGUGUCCUACUUGCAGAAAGGACAUAGUCGCCGACCCUCGCUCCCUCCCCGACAACAACCUCGCCAUCCGAAUCAUUGAGAGGGAUAAUGGUGCAAACCCGGGCAAGCGGCGCCGACUGGAGGACCCCAAGUCGCAGCAGCUGCAGCAGCUGCAGCGCGGCGUGGAUGCGGGCAAGAACCUGGCGCAGAGGCUGAUUAAAGUGUUCCCCGAGACGACAAAGGUCCUCACACGCCAACGCAACACCUCGAUCGAACAUCUCCGCAAGAUGGAGGAGGCUCUCGCGAACUAUGAACAGGAGGGGGCAGAGGACCCCACGCCGAAGCAGAUGCAGCUGGUGGCGCAGCUGGAGGACAGCGUUCGUCUCCUGACCAGCAGCAAGUGCAGCGUCACUGUCGCAGAGCAAGGCGGCGCCUCCUGGAAGGCGGCCGUGGAGUUUGGAGAACUCGACCAAAUGUUUCGCCUUUCUCUGCUGCAGCUGCGGGCGAGCGGUCAACUUCAGAAGGUCGACGCCGUUGUGAAGCCACCCACGCUCUCUAUCCUCUCCAUAGAAACCUUUGAUCUCGACGAGAGUGGUAAUCUAAGGGUGGAUGAGAUACUGAAUAACGGACCGCGCUGGAGGAACGUACGCACCCUUCGGAAGUUGAGAGGUCAGAAAACGGAGAAGUUGCUCCGUGUCCUGGCACCGCACCUCGAAGAGCUGGAGAUAUCUGACGUGGCCAGCGUGAGUCAGUUGGAAGAGGUGCGGAAAAUGAAGUCGCUCAAAAGGCUGCUGGUCAUAUGCCGGCAGGACUGCGACGACUACCCCGACUUGCCGUCGCAGCUCGAGGAGCUCUCGAUAUGGUUCCCCAGUGAGAGGCAGCUGCGCUGCGUGCAGACCAUGGCCAGUCUGCGCAGCCUGUACAUGGACUUUUACUACGGCAACACCGUGUCCUUCCACCCUCCGCUGCACGGUGGUUUGCUGUGGCUGGGCGUGAACCUCAACGUACCUCAGAAGGACACCAUUCUAUCCCUGAUCCGUGCCAGUGCCCCCUCGUUGCUGGAGCUCCGCAUCGAGGCGGACUACAAGUCGGUCGACUCGGACAACCACUUCCCCGACCUGGGUCCGUUCCUGGCGGCCUGCGGUCUACGGGCCCUGCGGCGGAUCGUGCUCAAGCGGACCAGCUUCGACGACGAAAGUCUGUGCCUCGAGGUCGGCGACUGCCUGCUGCAGCGUCGGACCGUCCAAGACUUCUUGCCCUCCGUGGAAGUGGUUUGCGACAAGUGUCACUAAUAUUAUAUUUAAAUAUGGCCACGAAUAUGAUCAAAUACUGUCCCGGGACGCUUUUGGGUGACGUCUCGUGUAAGCAUGACCGAGUGAGCGCACGUAGUCCAACACAUUCGUACUGAAUUAUAUCCUAUCGUGUCGUUCUCACGUAAACCAAGCCCAAUCAUGUUUAAUGCUCUGUAUUACCGUCCAAGCCUUUUACAUUUUUGUUUAAGGCAGUAAUUUUAUUUUUGUUUUGUGCUCUAUUGUGAUUUAUUUGUCUAAUGAAAUUUGCAUGACAGACCA